CCCAUGAUCACAUUGACAUCGUGUGACAAAGGCAAGGGAUAGAAGGGUGUGGGAGCCGGAGACUGCUUUCGCCCGACCCAGGGGCUCGGUGUCCUCCCGAUGCAGCAAGGAUGUGAUCAGGGCCGUACCCACGCUCGGCGCCGCCGCGCUAGGCACGAGCAAACCAUCGGUGGAGCAACAGCCUAGGCACACCGUCCUGAAAAUUCUCCGUCUCUGCCUCAAAGAGUUGGGGCUGAGAGAUACAAAUAUCCGCUCAGUCCCAGUAAGAGCGAGCAUCCCUCCCUAGACAAAUCCCCACAUCAUCUCAAGUCCCUUUCCUGCAAACUCUGCAGCGAAGCACCUUCAACAUGAAAGUGGCCCUCCAAGCCGUGAUGGCUGCAGUCACUCUGACCUUGCUCACUGCUCGGUCUGAUGCUGCCCCCUUGCCCAGCUUUCGCUUCAGCGAAGUCUCAAAGUACACUCCUCAUGUAGCCAGGGGCCUGCCGACCCAGCUGCUCCCUCCAGGCUUCUCCUACACUGGAUGGGUCCGCUCUGCCAUGCUCAACAACGGCCAUGGAUGCGCCCACGGCCCUACCGGCUGUGCAAGCGGCUCUAAGCCAGGCUCCAACCCGCCUCGACCUCUCGACACUGCCGCCACCAAGAGGGCCGGCAUCACCGCUCCUGCUCGUCACCCACCCAUCGAAGACUGUGGCCAGAGUCCUACUGGCUGCAACAGCAAGGGUGAUCCACCUGCUCCUACCCACCACACUAGGGCCGAGACUGGUGAGGGCAUGCCCUUCUUGGGCGGGGGAUGCUCUCAUAGUCCUACUGGCUGCUCAGUUGCGCUCCCAACCGACCCUGAUGUUGGUACUGGCGGAGGCACACACGGCAAGAAGCGAGAUGUCACCCAGGCUCAAGACGAGGCUCCUGUACUCGCUGCUCGAGGCAAAGGAAAAGGCGGCUGUGCGCAUAGCCCUACUGGCUGCGCACCAGGUGGUGGUGGCAACCAUCCUCCUCAUCCAGUGCAAGGCAAGGAAGAGACCAACACCGUCGAAGAGGAAGAGGUACAGCAGCGUGCUCUCGCUGCUACCGAAGCUACCCUACUUGCUCGAGGCAAAGGAAGAGGUAGUGGUGGCCAUAUCCCUCCCCCAUCUCAAGGCAAGGUACAGACGAAUGUCAUCGAUGAGGACCAGGUACAGGAGCGCGCUUUGGCUACUCGAGGAUGCGGCCCUCCCGGUGGCGGCGGCAAUCAUCCCCCUCACCCUGCGCAAGGCGAGGAACAGACGACUGUAAUCGACGAGGAUCAAGAGACGAAGCGUGAAGUGGGCGCUACCGGAAUGGAAUUUGCUGCUCGAGGUGGUGGCGGUAACCAUCCUAUCCACCCCAAAGUCAAUGACUACCAAGUGGAGCAGCGUGCUGCGAAUCUCGAUGCGACUUUGGCUCCUCGAGGAAAAGGAAAAGGAGGCUGCGCCCACAGUCCCACUGGCUGUGGACCUCCUGGCGGAGGUGGCGGUCAUAUUCCACAGCCAGGUCAUCCCGCGGACGAGAAACGAGACUUCAUCAAGCAAGGCGAAGAGCUCCUUACCACGCUCGUUGCCACGCCUACUCGAGGCAAAUCUGGCAGGUCUUGCGGACACAGUCCUACUGGCUGUCCUCGACCACCUCCUCCUCCCGGCAAUGGAGGACCCAACCCCGGCCACGCUUGCUGCGCGAAGUAG